AUGUAUGUGGAGCUGUUCCAGGAAAUGGUGUGUACGGUACUCGAGAAGGAAAGUCAUCUCUUCACGGCAAGUGAGCAGACAUGCCUGAGCAGUUUUUUCUCACUAGAGUACGAUGCACGGUAUCUGUUUGUCCGUCUUCUUCAGCGCAAGCGUGAUCAGUGGUACCGUCUGGGUAAGCUGGGCUACGAGGCCGAUGUCGGCGAUAUGGCACAGGCCGCCCACGAUUUAUGCCGACCCUUUGCCGCCCCCAGCACGUCGCAAGAAUCGGCGCCCCCCGAGUUUGCGUACGCAUCUACAUGCGAGCUGUACCGCUUUGCCAUGAUGGACACGGAAAUGGACGGUGGCCUUCCAGCGCGACUUUCUCUAUUGACCGUUGACGAGCUGCGGCUUGUCGCGAAGCGUCUUGGCCGAAAACCGCAAGGCACACGAGCAGAGUUGACCGCACGUCUACUGGCCAAGCCGUCUAAUGCGACGCUCUUUGCCCAAGGUCGUGAGUUGCGCAUGACAAUGUCGGCUACGCAGGAGCGAUUGGAGGCGGCCAUCACGAUGAUCAUGCAGGGCGGAUGUAUUCAGCUCAUUCCCUCUGUGGUGCUACUGAUGGAGCGACUCGCGUUGGUAUACUACCGCGGCAAGCCGGCGCUGGGCACAAUGCUGACCGCUGCGGUGCUGCAUCGUACACAUAAGCGGCACUUCCCUGUAUAUACGUACCAGCGCACGCCUGAUUUGUUUGCGUCACGCGAGGCGUUGUUGCGCUAUGAAUGUGCGCUCCAAGCGGCUGAGCAGAUGGACGAUCUUGUGGACGAGUUACGUGCGCGCCCGGCAGCCGCGCGCGAAGGUGUCCAGCUCUGGGAGGCGUGGCACGCGCAGUGGGUCAACGCCCUGUCGGAUGUGGCACAGCAGUACCCACACGGCGUGCCACGCGCCACGUACCCACGCCUCCGGUUUCAUGCUGGGUGGCCACUUACACGGGUCAUGUUCAAGGCGUGUGAAUGCUUCGCACGCCUUGGCGAACGCGAGCGAGAACGCCAUGUGCUUACGCAACUUCUGGCACAACGCAGUUUCUGGCGUGGACGCCGCGGUGCGUGGCAUGAGCGACUGGCCCUUGUUACGGCUCAGUGCCAAAAUGCCGCGGCAGCUCUGACAUGCUGUCAUGCAGCGCUAGCGGACCCCGAUACCCAUAUGGUGUACCAAUCCAGCCUGGAGCGACGCAUAGCCCGCUUGGAGUCGCGUUUGCGUGUACCCAAAGACGAAAGGCACCAGCCACGGAGCAAGCUACAUGCACCUACGGUAGAUCUACUCACAGCGACGCGCCUGGACACGCCCGCGCGCCGUGGUGCACUACGUACCAUGUGGCGCGGGGCUCAAAACGAGGAUUGCACCGUGGAAGAACUGUGCCUAGCGCAGUAUGCACAGCAGGGGUAUGUGGGGUAUCAUUGUGAAGGCCAGUUGGUCCACUUUGUGUGUGUGUUGCUUUUGUGGGACGUGCUGUUUACGCCGAUCGCCGGCGCUUUUGAAAUGCCGUACCAGCGCGGGCCGCUGGACUGGGCCACGGAUUUAUUUUACACUGCGCGACGGGAUGCCAUUGAAGCGCAAUUGACAGACAUUGCCACGACAGGUGGCUUGGGUAUCUUGGACGCUGUGGAUGCACGCGAACGACCGCGUCAGACGUACGCUGUCGGGUGCCGGUGGGACGAGUACCCACGCGAGACGCUUCGUCACUUCGCCGAGUGUCUAGGCGGCCCUGCGUUGGCGACCUUGUGUCGUGUAUUGUGCCAAGGCGAUGGGCUGACCAUGGCCGGCUUCCCAGACUUGAGCUUGUGGCGGUACCCCGACAAGCAAGUGUGCUUUGUCGAGGUAAAGAGCCCAAAUGAUAGGCUUAGCGAAGUGCAGCGUGUAUGGAUCGAUAUCCUGCAUCGUGCUGGGCUGCGUGUACAUGUAGCACGAGUGCAGGCAGAGACUAUGCCUGCUUGA